AACAAAACGACAUCGUAAAGGGUCUUAUCUUAUCUAAUUUGAGUAUGCUGGGUUUACAUAGGAGUUGAUAAAAAGGAAGAGAAGAUAGUGGUAAACCGUGAGUGAGAAAUCAAAAGCAAUGGACAAGUAUUUCAGUUCUGCUUAUCGCGGUGACCCGGGUGUUCCUCAUGCAGAUCCACACCGUUUCGUCAACAUUUGGAUCGGUUCCCUUGCCUUUACUGCUUGCAACAUUAUUAAUCCCUAUAUGUGGCACAUCGGUUCCUCUACCUUCAAUUGGCAUGAUAGGGUAAUGCUAUUUGAGCAAUAUCACUGGAAAAGGGCAAUGAAGAAGAAUCAAUCAUAUGAGUUCAUGUGGAACAAGACCUGGGAUAAGGCCCACCGAAAAUCAUAUUACUUCAAUUGGCCUGCGUAUUUCACUUAGUCUCUUCUUUAUUUUCUCUCGUUGUUGACAUUGUAUUAUCAUUACUUCAGUUGUAAACUUGGAGAAAAUUUAUGACCCCUCUUUGGUUGUACUCUCGAAUAUGACUUCUGAAUACAAGUUUAAACAAUGACAAGGAUGUGUGUAUUGUGCUAUGUCCAUUGUCCUUGUGAUGCCAUUGGAUUA